CUGAAAAGUUGUGAGAAGGGGGAUUUUGAGGCUCCAGCAGAGUUUGCAUUUUUCAGAUGAGGCGAGGUCUUCAGUCGGGUUUUAAAGAACUCAGAGUCUGAGCCGUCCUGCAGUUUUCAUGUCCUUCAGCCUCUCUCACGGUGGGACGUAAAUGAUGGUGACCAACAACGUGAGCCCUGAGGGCACCAGGUCGCUGGCUCCGGCCCGACCCCGGGGCCUCUUCAACAGCAUCAAGUUCUUCGUGUUUUGCCAGAGUUUGCUGCAGCUGGCCCAGCUGCUGGUGUCGGGCUGCAUGAAGAGCUCCAUCUCCACCAUCGAGCGGCGCUACGGCCUCUCCAGCCAGAAGUCCGGCAUGCUCGCCUCGUUCAAUGAGGUGGGGAACACCAUCCUCAUCAUCUUCGUCAGUUUCUUUGGGAGUCGAGUCCACCGGCCGCGGUGCAUUGGUGGCGGAGCCCUGCUGGCCUGUUUGGCUUCGCUGCUGAUGGCGAUGCCUCAUUUAUUGAGCGAAACUUACGACUACACCGGACGCAUCGGCUCGUCCUCCAGCAGUAACAGCUCCGGCCUCUGCCUGCCCGGCUCCGCCCACCCGCCCUCCUCCUCCAAUGAGACGUGCCGGGCGCAGCAGAGCCCCGCCCAGCAGAUGGUCUACCCUCUGCUGGUCCUGGGUCAGCUGCUGCUCGGGAUCGGAACCGUGCCCAUCCAGCCGUUCGGCAUCUCCUACAUCGACGACCAUGCCAGCAAGAAGAACUCGCCGCUGUACCUGGGAAUCCUCCUCGCUAUGACCUCCAUCGGCCCGGCCUUCGGCUUCGUCAUGGGCUCCUUCAUGCUGCGCUACUACGUGGACUUUGACAAGGUGUCCCCAGACCAGAUCGAGCUGGACUCGAAGGACCUGCGCUGGGUAGGGGCCUGGUGGCUGGGCUUCCUGGUGGCCUCCUGCCUCCUCUUCCUCACUGCGGUGCCGUUCCUCUUCUUCCCCAGGAACAUGCUCAAAGAGGACCACGACGAUGCAGAAUCUCCAGCGGACAGCAAGCAGCAGCAGACGGACCCCCUCCAGGAACUGUCCAUCCCCCAGUUCCUCAAAAGUUUUCCGAGCAUCGCCCUGCGGACGCUGCGCAGCCCCAUCUACCUGCUGGUGGUUCUGGCCCAGGUCAACCUGGCGGCGCUGCUCUCCGGCCUCGCCACCUUCAUGGCCAAGUUCAUCGAGCGGCAGUUCAACCAGACCGUGGCCUACUCCGGCAUGAUGAUCGGGGGGGUCCUGAUCCCGCUGGUGGUGCUGGGAACCAUCCUGGGCGGGGCGCUGAUGCGACGGUUGAGCCUCUCGGUGUCCGGCGCCAGUAAACUGUGCUCCGUCGCCAUCCUGCUGUGUGUGUUCACCGCCCUGCCGCUGCUGAUGAUCGGCUGCCCCACCCAGAAGGUGGACGGAGUCUUUCCUCAGAGCAGUAAGGAGCUCCCGUGCAGUACCAGUUGUGGAUGUCCCCUGGAGGACUUCAACCCCGUGUGCGGCUCAGACGGCGUGGAGUUCCGGUCUCCGUGUCACGCCGGCUGCUCGGCAGUGGAAAGCGACGCCAGCAACAAACCCACUAACUACACUUCCUGUGCGUGUGUGAGUGGCGGCCUGGGCUCCGCCCGCCCAGGGACCUGUGGCAGUGGAUGCUCCCACCUCCUGCGGCCCUUCGUGGCUCUGCUGGCCCUCACCGGCUUCAUCGCCUCCUUCUCCCAGGCGCCGUCCUACAUGAUGAUCCUCAGGACGGUGCCGGCAGAGGACAAGUCCUUCGCCGUGGGAGUCCAGUACAUGCUGUUCAGAGUCCUGGCGUUCCUGCCCGGCCCCGUGCUCUACGGCAGCGUCAUCGACACCACCUGCAUCCUUUGGGGCAGGAAGUGUGGGAAGCAGACUUCCUGUCACUACUACAACCUGGACGCCUUCAGACAGAGGUUUCUGGGUCUGCAGACCUUCUUUGUGUUCGGGGGUCUGCUCUGCUUCCUGCUGACCGUGUUCAUCCUGCGCCGGAGGGCCGGCUGCCCCGACGCCGCGGCGAGCCAGAAAGCAGACUACGAGCUGGUGAGCGAGCAGAAACCGCCGGCCGACGCGUCGUCCAGAGAAAAACACCCACAGGGCGUCCAGACCUGAGGGGGGGGGCGGGGUCAGUCGGUGGACUUAAUCAGACGCUGAGAUCAGACGGGAGGAGGAAGAAGGAAGGGAUGGACGACGGAGCAGCUUCAAGACGGAUUCAAGGACAUGUGGAAGCUUGGAGUCCUCAGAGACUCUGCCUGGAAAAAACGCUUUUAGUGUGUUUCUGGAGCUGAAACACACCUCCCUGAAUGUGACCACUGCAAGCAGACCAGCACACAAAGACACACAACAGAAACACACCCAAGCACAAAGACACACGCCAGGUAAACAAGGACAAACCAGUGAAGCAAACUCAACUUCAGUGCUUCAACUCACCAGGUUAAGCAAGAAAAGAAACAAAAAGCUUCAUAAUACUGUGACAAAACCACAUAACACAGAAGAACAAAGCUACAACACAGAAGAACGAAGCUGUAAAACAGAACUAAGCUACAAAACACAACUGUAGAGACUAGAGGAAGCCACAAACCUACCCGACACAACAAACACACAAAACUACAAAAAAAAAACUAAACACAACACCAAAAAGACAACUCAUAAUGACAAAGACGUAAAACAUAACUUAGGCAAAACUAAAAAGAUCCAUAAUGCGGCUGCAGACAAAAGACAAAACAUAACAACAAAGAGACAAAACAAGGCAACAAA